AAGAAGGGCUCGGCGGCUCGGCGGCAGCACCGGCGCCCCGGCCACGCGCUGAUGGGUACCAUGGACUUUAAGACAGAUGCCAGUGCAGUCACCAUCAAUUUGCUGCUUAUUGUGCGCCCCGAGGAGGCAGCGAGCAAGGAGAAGGGGCAGCGAGAGGGGCAGACGGAAGGCGGCCGAGGCGCAGGUUUGGAGGGUGAUGGCAAUGGAAACAGCAGAUCACAGCCACCUCAGGGCACAGACCUGAACGGCCAGUGUGGCCCCACAGAUCCCCGUGAGCAGACACCACCCCUCAUUUUGGGCCCUGACAAAGGAACACAAGUGACAGUGGAGAUUCACCACGAGGAUACCAGCCCCCAACUCAUCAAGAGACUCUCCUUGGGCAAAGGUUCCCAGAGGCUGAGAGGACACUACAACAAAGGUUUCCAGAAGACUGAGGCCCCACCACCACCGGGAGCAAAGGACCUCCACGUAUAUCCAUGGGACAAAUCCUCUUUGAAAUCCAUGCCAGUAGAUUUGGAGCAAUUUAAGAAGCUGGAUGACUACGCAUUAAAAGUGAACGUCAAGAACAGCGUGGAGGAACUGGUCAAAGCCCUGCUGAAACAAGCCCGGACUGACCUGGAGAAGGUCCGAGCCAUAUGGAUGUGGAUAUGCCAUCACAUAGAAUACGACGUCGUGGGCUACCACAACAAAAGCCAGCUGUCGAGCAAGCCCAGAGAUGUGUUUCAGAUGGGCAAGAGCAUUUGUGAGGGCUAUGCUGAGCUCUUUGAACAUAUGUGCAGUCUUGCAGGGAUACAGUGCAAGAAGCUCUCAGGACACGCCAAGGGACACGGGUACAAGACAGGGCAGACCUUCACAGGGGACUCUGACCAUGCCUGGAAUGCUGUCUACCUUGAGGGAAGGUGGCACUUACUGGACAGCACCUGGGGGAGCGGUUCUGUGGAUGAUUCCUUCACCAAGUUCACCUACAGGUACAAUGAGUUUUACUUUCUGACUCACCCAGCCCUGUUCAUUAACAAUCACUUCCCAGAUAACAGUAACUGGCAGCUUCUUAAGCCCACACUGACGCUGAAGGAGUUUGAGAACAACAUGCUGCACAGCAGCAACUUCUACAUGCUGGGGCUGCUGGCCACACACCCAGAGACUCCCAUCAUCCAAACAGUAAAUGGAAAAGCCUCUAUAUCUGUGGACUGCCGUUCCAACAUGUUAUUUACGUUUAAGCUGAAAGGAGCACAAGAACACGGUUUGAUGACUUUGGAAAAACACGGAAUGAAGCUGGAUAUCUACCCACAGAAGACAGGGAGCCACAAGCUGGAGAUCUUUGCCAAGCCCUCCAAGGCUGAGGCUUCGGAUGAUGUCUACAAGUGCGUGGUGGAGUACGUGGUAGAGUGCGAGUCGGUGGACAAGGCCAUGUGCUUCCCCAAGGACCUGCGCCAGCCCGUGGGGCCCAGCUGGUUCUCAGAGUGCCACGGCUUCCUGCAGCCGUCACACAGGGAGCCCAUCCUGCACACCAACGACGGGCGCUGCUCCUUCACCUUCAACCUGAGCAAGGACAUCAGCAUCCUGACUUUGCUGCACACCGACGGCAGCAGCCACGCCGAGGACAUGGGCAGGCAGCACGUGCUGCAGAUCCAGCGCAGGAACCAGAUCGAGCUGAAGGUCCAGCUCCCUCACGCAGGGAGCUUCGUCCUCCAAAUCUACUCCAAGAAGAAGUCGGAUCCUGGUAAUUACGACUACACCUUCAACUACCUCAUCAGGUGCCUGAACAUGGAGGUGAAGUGGCCAGCCUUUCCCCAGAGCUACAGCAAGUGGCUGCAAGACUACGAGAUCCUGGAGCCGCUCUCGGGCCUGUUGCCAGCCAACCGCAAUGUCCAGUUCAGACUCAAAAUGCACGGCAUUGCCAAGGUGCUGGUCCAGGCUGAGAACAUCUACCCUCUCACCCAGAACAAGGGUGUCUGGGAGGGAACCUGCAGCACCUCGGGGUGCAGAGAGGUGUUUGUGAUGGUGCACGAGAACGCAAACCACACCUUCUACUCACAAGUCCUCAAAUAUGAAGUUGAGGCCCAGUAA